AUGGCCACGAGCAACAUGGAAGAGCAGCCCGAUAAUACCUCGCAGGCAGCGAACUGCGACCAUAUUCCCAUCAUUGAUUUAUCGAGUAUUGACAGUCCGCACAUCGAGGACCGUCGUCAACUAGCCCAGAGUAUCUACGACGCCUGCACUCAAGUUGGGUUCUUCUAUAUCAAAAACCAUGGGAUCCCCGAGGAAAUGAUCAGUGGCAUCCAUCAAGCAGCAGAGCGUUUCUUCAGUCUUCCGGAGGAACAAAAGAUGAAAGUCUACAUCGGACAUUCCAAGAAAUUCCGCGGGUACAGUCCUAUCGGAGGUGAACGAUCGACAGGCACAGAUGACGAUCCGAUACCAAUAGAAGAGGCCACCGAAAAAAACGACGUUCUCCCCACGGAUAUUUAUGAGCUUUAUGGCGAUAAUCAAUGGCCCGAUCAAGAGACCCUUGCAGGCUUCUCCCAGACAUACAUCCAGUACUGUGGCACGCUUCUAGAAUUUUGCCGCAAGCUGAUGAAGAUAUUUGCUCUCUCCUUGGACGUGCCGGAGGACUUCUUUGAAUCCAAGAUCCGAAACCCAGGUAUUACAUCUAGGAUGAUGCAUUAUCCAGCUCAACCUGCAACAGAAACACGGGAAGGAUUGGGAGCACAUACGGAUUAUGAAUGCUUUACAAUCCUCUCUCAAGACAGUGUUCCAGGCCUGCAGGUAUUGAGCCACAGCGGUGAUUGGAUUCUGGCACGGCCCAUCCCGGGAACAAUGGUCGUCAACAUUGCAGAUUGCUUGUCCACAUGGACGAACAAGAAAUUCAAAUCAACCAUUCACCGAGUGACUAAUCUAUCAGGGGAAGAAAGAUAUUCCAUUCCCUUCUUCUUCGGUGUCGACUAUGAUGCUACGGUUUCCGUGCUGGAAAAUCAUACAUCGAUUGAUAACCCACCGUGCGUCGCACCUUUCAAGGCCGGAGAGUGGGUGCGCGAGAAGCUUGCCAAGGCCUACGUUGGCUACGAAGGAUAA